AUGAUUGUCGGUAGUGAAUUGAAUGAUGCAAUUGUAAAUAUCAACGAGAACGACGCAUGGAUUGUGCACCCUAUUCCUGGUUAUGUCAUCAAAUUCAAGAAAGUAGAUUCCAAUUAUCGCAAACUGUUAAUGAAGGAGAAAUGUAAACUUUUUUUAAAUAUUUGUCAUUGCGCACAAUUACCUCCUCCAGAGGAUCUCAGUGAGGAUGAAGUUGCAAAAUUGUUGGAUUCAAGUGAUUCCUUAAGGUAUCGUAUACCGCUGUGUGUUGGUGAUGUUGAAGUGGUCUCAGACAGAAAAGGGGAAGAUUCUGUAAAGAUAGAUGUAAUCGUCAAUUCAACAUUUUACUUAACGCAGCUCGAAAAAAGUGAAUUCUUCCGACAGUUAUUGCUACUAAUUGUUUCAGAAGCGAUUGAAAAGAAACAUGAUAUUAAAAUCGACGUAAAGGAAGCAAUUAAACUAAAAAAUCGAAAAUGUAUGGGUGAUUUGAGUGCUCAAAGAAUACGAAAAAAGCCACGAGAGGCAUUUAUAAGGGAAGUAGAGUCAGUAAAACAAUUAGAAGAGCUGACCCAUGAG